CGUACAAGCAAACACCCUACGCUUACGGUGACAAAAAUUCUAGCGCCAGAAAAAAGUGAGAGCCGAGAGGAGAUUGAAGAAUUCGUACGUUCUCCCGCCAGACAGCGAUCGGCAUACAGAGAGCGUCCGCCCUUACAUUCCAUUCCAACAGGUAUUGUAUCAAACAAAAGAUUAGGAGAGAGGGAGAUGCACUUGGACGCUACCAAUUUUCUGUGGAGGUUCCGCUUAAACAAUUGAUCAAGUGAUUCAAGAAUUGCUGUGCUUGCUUGAGUCCUUUUCAUCUAAACAGAAUAAUACCCAGUUCUUAGUUAUGGAAAACGAUAACAGGAAUGGUGUGUCCGAAGCAUCGACAAAAUCGACAGAUGCUGAUAAUUCUGGAGAAUCUGGUGUUAAAGUGAAAUGUAAAGAUCAGAGAGAAGCUUUGCCUGGCGAACCUAAAUGUGUUGUAUGUGGUCGCUAUGGUGAAUAUAUAUGUGAUGAGACAGAUGAUGAUAUUUGCAGCAUGGAAUGUAAAGAAUCAGUCCUACGGAGAGUGUCAAAUGCAUUGCCACCAGAUUUGCCAUCUCCUAGAAGACUUCCUGCAGCUGAUGAGUGCUUUUAUGUUAAUGAUUCUAAUCAGUUGGGAUCUUCUUCUUUGACUUCUGAGCAGACUGAAUUGCUUAGGAGAAAACUUGGAAUCAGUGUGAAAGGAGACCUAGAUUGUGCCCCUAUCUUGUCAUUUUCUUGCUGUGACCUUCCUCAGAAACUCCUCCAAAAUCUGGAAACCGCAGGCUAUGAGAUGCCCACAGCUGUCCAGAUGCAAGCUAUACCAGCUGCUUGUUCUGGUAAAAAUCUGCUUGUUUCAGCUGAGACUGGCUCUGGAAAGACUGUGUCUUAUCUGGUCCCAAUAGUUUCUUACUGUGCUCGUGUUCGCAUUGAGUGUUUCCAUGGCCAAAAGAAGCCACUUGCCAUGGUUCUUACACCUACGAGAGAGCUUUGCAUUCAGGUUGAAGAACAAGCUAAGUUGCUUGGGAAAGGCAUGCCGUUUAAAACUGCCCUUGUUGUUGGUGGUGAUGCCCUAGCUGGACAGCUCCAUCGUGUCCAGCAAGGAGUUGAACUGAUUGUUGCUACUCCUGGCAGGUUGGUUGAUCUUUUGAUGAAGCAUGAUAUUGAACUUGAUGAAGUGAGGACUUUUGUUCUGGAUGAAGUGGAUUGCUUGCUCCAAAAAGGCUUUCGCGAUCAGGUAUUACAGAUUUUUAGGGCUCUUUCAAGACCACAACUCUUGAUGUAUUCUGCAACUACCUCUUUCGAAGUUGAGAAGAUGGCAAGAUCGAUGGGAGAUGGUGCUGUUAUUAUAUCUGCUGGCAUUUCAAAUAGACCAACCAAGGCUUUGAAGCAGCUUGUUAUCUGGGUAGAAUCAAAGAAUAAGAAACAAAAGCUUUUUGACAUUUUAGCAAGCAAGCAACAUUUUAUGCCACCUGUUGUAGUAUAUGUAGGUUCAAGACUUGGGGCUGAUCUCCUCUCAAAUGCAAUUACUGUUACCACUGGGAUAAAGGCAUUGUCAAUUCACGGGCACAAGUCCAUGAAGGAGAGACGAGAAGCCAUGAAGUUAUUUCUGGUGGGAGAGGUACAAGUGAUGGUGGCUACUGGGAUUUUGGGUAGAGGGAUGGAUCUUUUGUGUGUGAGGCAGGUGAUUGUAUUUGACAUGCCAAAUUCCAUCAAGGAGUAUGUCCACCAGAUUGGCAGGGCAUCUAGACUUGGAGAGGAGGGCAAAGCCAUAGUGUUCGUGAAUGGGGAAGAUAAGAAUUUAUUUAAAGAUUUAGUGGAGAUUUUAAAGUCGUCUGGAGCACCUAUACCUCGAGAACUUUUGAAUUCGCAUUAUACAGCAAAUUCUUUGCAUGCAGCCAAGAACCAGAAGAAACGAAAGCAUAGUUGAUGGAGAUUCAUGGAAGAAUUUCCAUCCCAGCACUGGCACCAAGUAGAUCUCCAUCUACUUACGAAUUUACUUUCGCAUUAUUAAUGAAAUCAUUGUAGCAUUCCAGUGUUCAUAGUCCUGGUGGAAAGUUCAUUGCUAAACCUGUUUACUCUGAAAGUAAAAUUCCCGUGGUCUGCUGGCCGAAUGAGGUGCAUGGUAUUUGAAGCUUCCCAAGAGCAGAAACUUUUGAAGAACAAGGAAGGCCUACGCCAAUGCUGCUAUGUUUCAAGAAUGUCGUUGCUACAUCCAGUUUACAGAUGAUGUGCAUUUCAACUCGCGAAAUGGAAAAGCAACCAGUGGUUCAUCAAUUUAUAGUAACUGAAGAUUUACCUGCAAGCUUACCUUCUCAGCUACAUUUACGAUCCAAUAGAUUAUGCAAGCUUGUGAAACUGAAAAUUGGAAGUAUCGGUCAACUCCAUUUGUUGCGGUCAAUUUAGAGGAGGCUGCUUGCCAAAUGAUGGAUGCUUUGAAGCAAGGGAGAAACAAUGACUUGAAUCAAAUCAAGGAUCUAUAAUUUUGUAUGUGAUGGGAGGAUUGUGUAAAUUUACUGCCCUAUCAGGUUUUAUCAAGAGUCGUGUUUAAAAUUUUUCAGUACAUGUAAUAUAGUAGAACUCAUCUUGAGUUGUUUGUCCAACACUUGGGUUUAAAUAGAUAAAAUUAUGUGUUAUAAUUUUGAGAAAUGAACUUAUCUGGACCUCAUGAUAUUGGAAAGAAAUUAUGUUGUGAAGAGUAGAUUUCAUUAAA